AUGGUGGUGCAGCCGCUGCUGCGGGCCGUGAUCAUGGGCCCGCCGGGCUCCGGCAAGGGCACCGUCUCCUCCCGCAUUCUCAAGCACUUCGCCCUGAAGCACCUGUCCAGCGGGGACCUGCUCCGGGACAACAUGCAGAGGAGGACAGAGGUUGGUGUCAUUGCCAAGACCUACAUUGAUCAAGGGCAGCUUAUUCCAGAUGAUAUCAUGACACGGUUGAUGCUGGGUGAGCUUGUGGGUGAAGGUGGUUUGUUUAUUUUUCUUAAAGGUUUUCCCAGAACAGUUCCACAGGCCGAAGCUCUGGACGAAACAUGUCAGAUAGAUACUGUGAUUAAUUUGGAUGUGCCAUUUGAGACCAUUAAACAACGGCUCACUGCACGCUGGAUCCAUCCUAGUAGUGGCAGAGUCUACAAUCUUGAAUUCAGUCCUCCCAAAGUUGUUGGGACCGAUGAUAUUACUGGAGAGCCACUUCUUCAGCGUGAUGAUGACAAGCCAGAGACUGUUACCAAGAGACUGAAGGCUUAUGAGGCACAGACAAAGCCUGUUCUAGACUAUUACAAAAAAAAAGGUGUACUGGAAUCCUUCUCUGGAACAGAAACCAACAAGAUCUGGCCCCAGGUGCAUGCUUUCCUCCAAACCAAGUUGCCAGAAGUGAGCCAGCAGGAAGCUGCCUCACACAGAUGAAAUUGCUGCUUGUUGAUGAGUCCAAGGUACUUGUCCUCUCUAUUUUCCUGAGUGAUUGUCAAGGAUCAUGGUUUUCAGUUUUGUUGGAAUAUCAAACUAACCAGUAGCUAAGGUCUAAUCUCAAAAUUUUCACCCCUCGGCUUUUCAACUUUAUGCAUUCAGAUUUUUCACUUCUGUACCCUCAUUUUAGAGCUGUAUUUUUAUAUUAAAUUUACCCAAUUAUUGUAAAAUAGUGACCAGUUGUAAUAAAAGCAACCAAAGUUUUGUGUCUGUG